AUCCUGGACUUGCACCCAGAUGUAUUAAACGAAGAGAUGUUCCAAGCCUUUGUGAGUGGGAACACCAUCCUGUACGGCUCCACCCCGCUGUCCCAUCGGUACGGAGGACACCAGUUUGCCAGCUGGUCCGGACAGCUUGGGGACGGACGUGCCGUCAUGCUGGGGGAGUAUGUCAACAGGAGGGGGGAACGGUGGGAGCUUCAGCUGAAGGGUUCAGGACUCACUCCAUAUUCAAGGAGAGGAGAUGGAAGGGCCGUGCUCCGCUCUUCAGUCAGAGAAUUCCUGUGCAGUGAAGCCAUGUACCACCUCGGCAUCCCGACAAGCCGAGCCGCCACCCUUAUCGUCAGCGACGACCCAGUCAUAAGAGACCAGUUCUACAAUGGCCAUCCUAAGAAAGAAAGAGGCGCUGUCGUCCUACGACUUGCCAAAUCCUGGUUCCGGAUUGGCUCCUUAGAAAUCCUUGCGGCCAAUCAGGAAACUCAGCUCUUAAAGCAGUUGGUAGACUUCACCAUCCAACAGUAUUUCACAGACAUUUAUGAAAUGCUAAGCGAAGGAGACCGGUACCUCACUUUCUUUUCAGAUGUUGUCUCACAGACUGCAGAGAUGAUAGCAUUGUGGCAAUCUGUUGGUUUUGCCCACGGUGUGUGUAAUACUGACAACUUCAGCUUGUUGUCUAUAACCAUAGACUAUGGGCCUUUUGGCUUCAUGGAUUCCUACAACCCAGAAUUUGUCCCCAACACCUCCGAUGACACAGGCAUGUACAGCUAUGAGAACCAGCCUGACGUGGGACUCUUCAACUUGGACAAGUUACGAGAGGCGCUAGCACCGUUGUUAACAGAGCAGCAAAGGUUUCAGAUGACCAAGAUCUUAGAACUCUACCCAGACAUCUACAAGACAAAGUACAUGGAGAUCUUAAGGAGGAAGAUGGGGAUGCUUGGUGAAGAAGAGGAUGAUGCUAUGAUUGCUGCUGUGCUCUUGAAGAUGAUGGCAGAUACAAAGGCUGAUUUCACAAUGACUUUUCGUCAGUUGUCCGAGCUGUCACUUGAACAAAUGGAGAAUGCCGCCAUCCCUCCUCAUCUCUGGGCCAUCAGAACACUACAACCACAUGAAUACUUCACAAGAUGGCUACAAGUAUACACACAGAGGCUCAAACAACAUACCAAGGACAGUGAUGAAGAGAGAAAAGCAAGAAUGGAUACCACAAACCCCCAAUACGUCCUCAGAAAUUGGAUGGCAGAGUCGGCCAUAAGAAAAGCAGAGAAAGAUGACUUUUCUGAAGUAAAGUUGCUACUGAAGGUUCUACAGAACCCUUAUGUGAAACAGGAGGAAGCAGAAAAACAGGGAUAUGGAAGCCCGCCUCCUGAGUGGGCUAAAGAACUCAGAGUUAGCUGUUCCUCUUGAUAUUAUGGCAAGAAGUAAUAUGUAUGAACUAUGGAUUUUUAUGAAUGGAGAGCUAUGUGUAAGCUAUUGAUCCGUCUUUAAGUACUCAUUAAUUGCUUACAUGGAUUACAGGUGUCUCUUUUCUAGGGAUUCACACAAAACCCCAACCCUGCAGAAAAGAUUUUUGUAAUGUUUCAAGUUCCAUAGAAAUUGCACUUAUAAAAGCAUGUGUCUUUUGGAUUGUAAGAAAAAAGCUAUUUUGUUUCCUUACAUGUCCAGUCUAAAUAAAGGUGAUUGAUUGGUUG